GCUUGCGCAUGCGCUGAUCGCUUCUCGGACAAAAAAAAAUAUUCAUCGCUGGUUUAUGAUGGAGCAAUCUGAGGUUAUGUUCCCGAAGGUAAAUGUGCAUCGACUUCUCCGAAGGAAUUGAAUAAAACAAACAGAAUGGCAAUAAUGUUUGGGAAUUUGUUGAGAAAUAUGGAGAGGUGUUGCAGCCAAGUUUCUAAAUUCAGCAGUGCUGUUGACAGUCAAAUGGUGAAUGCUACCAAACCUAUUAUUACAACUCGAAAGUACUUGGAUGAGGAUUAUCUGUACAUGAAGAAGCGACAAGUGUGGAUUGAGAAUUUGGACGAAGUCGUGGAGAGAAAAUUGGGCCUUUCCGAAUUACAUCCCGCAAUUUUUGCAGAUAGACCGAGAGUUGAUGUGCUGUAUCAAAAUGUCCGGUGGCAGAGGAUGUACAAAUAUAUUAAUUUUUCACAUGCGAGAACACGAGCAGAAAUGCCCGGCGGUGGACGGAAACCCUGGCCCCAAAAAGGUACAGGAAGAGCUAGGCAAGGAAGUAUUAGAGCUCCUCAGUGGAUUAAAGGAGGCCAGGCCCAUGGACCAAGAUCACCAACUCCCCACUUUUACAUGCUACCAUUUUACGUCAGAAUAGCUGGUCUGACGAGUGCCUUGUCUGUAAAACUCGCCCAGGACGAUCUUCACUUAGUCAAUGAUCUGGAAAUUCCAACGCAGUCACCGGAGUUUAUUGAAUCACUUAUCGAGGAGAGAAACUGGGGACCAGCAGUACUCUUUAUCGACACUGAUGAUUUAAUGCCUGAAAAUAUUACUUUGGCUACCGAUCAGUUGAAGCAUGUUAAUUUGAUGCCAGUCUAUGGUUUAAACGUCUACAGUAUGUUGAAACAUGAUACUCUCGUCUUAACAGAGCGUGCAGCUCGUCGAAUAGAGGAUAAAUUACUGCACCACUUGCACAGACCUGACAACCACGAAUUCAUAAGGAAAUUCAAGGCCGAUCAAUGAUAAAACUGAUCAUUAAAUGUAAAAAUAUGUAUUAUCUAAUAAUUACUAAUGAAAUCUUCACGGAU